CGUUGGGCGAUGAUGGUCAGUGUGCAUGCAGUCCUCCCUGGAUGGCCGGAGACAACUGUGACAUGUACUACGAAGAUUGCAGUGCUGCGUUCGCCGCCGGGUUGACGGUCCCAGGUCACAUCGAGGUUAUACAGAUAAAGCCCCUGGAUGUCAUUGCGCCGUUCUUUGCGAAGUGCUACCUGGGUGAUGGGGGAUACACCUACAUCGAGGAGCGCAACCCGAGCUGUGACACCGACUUCAUGAACAGACAGUACGACGACUACGACAUCGGGUUCGGGGACGUUGGAGGUUGUUCCUCCUUUUUAGGCCUCAACAAGAUUGAGAAGAUCUUGAAGAGUGAGUCUUACAAGCUGGAUGUGGAAAUCGUGGGGGAUGGCUUCUCUGGUCAUGCUUACUACAGCAAGUUCUUCCUGAAAGGGUCCAGUGACAAGUAUGAAGUGUCGUGGGACGUUUUCAGCUCUGAUGAUUUAGAGUGAGUGAAUG